AUGGUUCCUCCAGCAGAUACCCAUUAUCAUUCGAUUGUUUUCCUCAAGGCUUUUGCUGCCAACACUCCCCAAUCUAAAAGUGCCAUUAAGAUUUUGCUCAAACUCAUAUAUAUGUUUAAGCUCUUGUUGGGGUCUAGUUUGAUUGGCUGCUUCUCUCAAUUAAACUUGGUCCAGCAGCCUAAAGUUCAUCCUUUGGAUCAAGUCCACUAA